UGAUGUCAUUAGGAUGGGAAUAGUAAACUUGGAAGACAAAAAUAAAAAAAAUACAGAAGCAUAUAAAACAAUUUCAACACUUUACAAAAAACAAACUAAUCAAUUUUUUGAUGUUCCAAUCAAAUAUAAUAAAGUAAAUGCUAUGCUAGAUCAAAUCAAAAAUAUAUUAAAAAUUGACCAGGCAGAGAAAUUCAUAGAUGAUUAUAAUAAUAUGGUCAAUGUGUCAUUGGAUUUGGAAAAAAUGCUAGAGAAUUUCACUUUUUCUAAUCAUAUUGGUUCAACUGUUUAUUCACCUAUAUUUAUGAAUUUGUUCCGAAGCAAAGAAUAUUCUAUAAAACUUAAUCUAUCACAUGCUGCCAAUAAAGAACGUAGAAAUUUCAACAAUCAAAAAGAUGAUAUAAGACAUGCAUUGAUACCUGAUAUAAAAAUUAUAUAUAAAAAGAAGGAUAUGGAAAUUGUUAUAGUUGAACACCAAAAAAGGACAUGUAUAGAAGACAUUCGAAAAAAUGAAAAAGAUACAACCAAAAUAUCUAUAUUAAUGCAUGAUCAAUUAACCAAAAUAUUUAAUGACUUAAAUGAUUUAAGUAAAGGUGAUAAAAUCAAAGAUAUUGAUGUAUAUGGUGUCAUCACAUCGAAAUUAAGUGUGGAUAUAUAUUGCAUGACACUAUGUGCACCAAAAUUAUAUAUUUUCUACAGAAUAUCGAGCUUCCAUCUGCCAGAAAAUAUUGAUAAUUUUGAAUAUUUAGCUUCUAUGAGAAUUGUCGAUGAUAAUUAUUUGAGGUAUAUAGGAAUUUUAAGAAGUGAACCUACCACACCAACCCAUCAGAUCAGAUGG